AUGCUUCCUCUUUUCAUUAUAAUUUUUAUGGCUCAUCCAAUUUAUGGUUCAUAUCAUUAUGUUGGUUGUUAUACACAAGCAUUUCAUGAUAGUUAUUUUAUAAGUUCAUAUAUGGAACCAAAUUUAUGCUUUCAUUUAUGUAAUACACCAAUAAUAUAUUUACAAAGAGUAAUAUGUCGAUGUUCAGGUGGUGGACUUAUGCAUCAUAAUCGAUUAAAAGAUCAACUUUGUAAAAUACCAUGUAUGAGAUGGUCUAAUAGUCAAGGUAAAACAACUGAUACAUGUGGUGGUAUAAGACCUUAUUCAGCUUAUGCUGAAGAUAAAUUUUAUACUCAACAUGGUCAUUUAUUUAAUUAUCAAAUUCAAUUUUCAUCCUGUGAAUUAUGGACAAACUCUGGUUAUUAUGAUACAUUAAAAGUUAUAUUCAAUAAAACUUCUAUUAAAUCACCAUUAAAUAAAAUGGAACAAUGUGCAGCUGCAUGUCUUGAUGAAACUACGAUUACAAAAUCAAUAGCUUUCAACAAUGAUAAUAAUCAAUGUGUAUGUAUCAUAUCACGACAAGACUAUCUACCAUUUCCUAGUUCACAUUAUUUAACAAUUUUAUCUAAUAGCAGCUGUAAUCACUAUUGUGAUAAUAUAUUAGAUGAUUCAAAAGUUGAACACAAAUUUCAAUGUGGUUCAUUAACAGAUUCACGUACAUGGGCUAUAUAUGAUUUAAAUGGUUCAUGUCCGUUUGAUUAUGUUUAUAUAAAAGAAUUAAAAAAAUGUAUAUAUGCAUACAAAGCAUUUUGGAGUUCAUGUGCAUCACCAUCAAUAAGUUAUGUUUAUGAUAGAAAUAUAACAUGGAAUAUAUUUUUAAAAAUUAUUGAAAAAUUAAACUUAAAACAAUCUAUCGUUUCAAUUGAUUUUGAUGGUGAUAUUACAAUUGAUUCUUCAUGGAAAUGUUCAUUAACAAUAAAUGAUAAAUCAUAUUCAAAUUCUUCUCAAAUAAGUUAUUCUAGUUGGAGUUCUACUACACGUUAUGUAUUAGAUAAUGGUUGUUUACGUACACGUUCAUAUAUAUUGUAUUCACAUAGAUUUUUAUAUCGUUUAUGUAUAACAAAUCCAAUAAAUAAGUAUUCAAUAUCAUAUGAUGAUGGAAAUGAAAUGCCUUAUAUGAGUUCUCUUUUUCCAGAAAUAAGAUUUUGUCCAAUGAAUUGGUUUGAUUUAAAUGGACGUUGUUAUCGGAUAUCAGAUGAACGUAAAACAAUUCAAGAUGCAAGAAAUAAUUGUAUUACUACAUCAACAAGUGAAUCAAGUAAAAAUGAUAAAUCUCAUUUUUGGUUUAUUCAUGAUGAUGAUGAUGAUGAUGAUAAUGAUAAAGAUGAUUCAUUCAAAAGUGAGAUUGUUCAAUAUACAUCACAAUGGCAAGCUCGACUUGGCUUUUUUCUUCUUGAUAAACUUCCUGAUAGUGAUGAAACAAAUAAUAAAACAACAACUCAAUCAUCUAGUCUAUAUUCUAAAAAUGUAACAUCAUCAGUAUCAAAUGUUAGUAUGUAUCGUUCACCUAUAAAUGAAUUUCAAAUGAUUAAUCCAAGUGAAAAAAAAAAUUUAAGUGAAAUUGAUUAUUCAUGUAUUAUUGCUAUACGUGCUUCGAUCGAAGAAAAAGGAAAUCCUAUUUUAAAUACUACUCAAAUAAAUAAUUGUUUAAAACCAAAACAUGUUUUAUGUGAAACAAAAACAUUACUUGUUCACAAUUUUCAACAACGUUGUUUUAGUAAACCAAUAACACUUGAUUUACCUGCAUUUAUAUCAAAAUAUUUAACAUAUGAAUUAUGUUUAAGUAUUUGUCAAGGUUUACAAACAACAUUAGCUGUUAUUAAUAUUAACAAAUGUUAUUGUUUAAAUGGUUAUGCUUCAAAAGUAUUCAAUUUUACAAAAGAUCGUGUAGAAUAUCUACGACAAGAUUGUGGAAAUCCUUGUCCGGGUAUGUAA